AUGGUACGACUCGCCAGACCGCUAAAGAAGAAACUGGGAUCGAAGCUUCUUUGGAUAUGCUUCGCGACAAUUUUUCUCACAUGCGUGCAUUUCGUUGGUCUUUUCCUUAAACCUUUGGAUUACCAUGAUGAACAGCACAGUGAAAUUGGAGUCCAUGAUUUCGGCGAGUUUAAGACAUUCCUUGGUGGUUCGACAAAAAAAACGCGUAGAAAUCUAAUAAUUGUAUCUCAUGGCCGCUCUGGGUCUUCGCUGACAGGAGAUAUUUUUAACCAUCAUCCCUCAGUGUUUUACAUGUACGAACCGUUACAAACCGCUCAACGAGUUUACAAGAAGAGCGGCAAUCAAACUAGUUACAACAGGCUGGCCGAAAAGCUAUUAGCCUCCCUCGUUCAAUGCAGAUUCGAUCAGCCUCAGACCGCACUGGCGGACAUUGAGAAUUAUUACCGUAAACCAGCACAUCCGCGCAUCAGCCAUGCAAUGGGAUCACCGCCUCUGUGUCCAGUUGAGAUGACGGAUCCCAAAUGGAGUACCGAACUUUGCCCUCCUUUGUCAAGCCAGUCCUUAGGUGACGUCUGUAAGGAUAAGUACAAUUUGACCGUCUUGAAAAUCCUUCUCUCCCGAAUUCCUGAGAAUAAUAUGAAAACAGUUUUAACCGCUUGUGACUCGCACGACGUCGAAUGCAAGAUUAUCUUCCUCGUUCGAGACCCUCGAGCAGUGAUCCCAUCUUCACUUCAGAUUGGUUUUUUCAAAGAAAAAGGAGGGUCUGAUUCUAAGUUAGGCACCAGGGUGUACAGUUACACGCUGUGUCAACAAACAGAGAGGAAUUUGGAGCUAGUGAGGAGGUUACCAGAUUCUUUGCGAGCACGGAUUAUGCUCCUGCGGUACGAGGACUUAGCGAUGGAGCCAUCAAAAGUGUUAGAAAGACUUUACGACUUUGCUGGGUUGUCUUUGUUGGAAAGCGUGCGCGCAUGGCUAAACGAAACCACGCAGCAGAGUAGGAAGGACUGUAAUCGUGAAUUAGAUGGCCCUUUAGUCACAUGCACAAAAGAUGAUGCUUGGGCAGCGGCUAAUCGUUGGAGGUGGAAGGUUCAUCCACACGAAAUCAACGUCAUAGAGCAUUACUGUCGAGGUGCGAUGCGCCUGAUGGGAUAUCGGCCUGUGGACAUGUCACAUGACCUAUUAGCGAACGACAAGAUUCCACUGUUCAGCAAUGACUAUGAAGCGAAACUCUGGUUUUUAAAUUGA